CCCGGCUCGGCCUCGGUGCAAGAUGGCGCUGCCCUUCGCACGUCCAUUGCUCCUGUGCCGCUGGGGGGCCGGCCGGCUGCGAACCGCCGCGGACGCCCCGAGAGGCAUCCAUUUCAAACUGGAAGAGAAAACCGCCCACAGCAGCCUCGCGCUCUUCAAAGGUGAUACCGGAGUCAAGUAUGGUCUGGUGGGGCUGGAGCCCACUAGGGUGGCCCUGAAUAUGGAGCGCUUCCGAGAGUGGGCAGUGGUACUGGCGGACACUGCAGUCGCCAGCGGCAGGCACUACUGGGAAGUGACGGUGAAGCGCUCCCAGCAGUUCCGGAUAGGAGUGGCAGACGUGGACAUCUCCCGGGACAGCUGCAUCGGUGUGGACGACCAAUCCUGGGUGUUCACCUAUGCCCAGCGCAAGUGGCACAGCAUGUGGGUCAAGGAGAAGACCCCAAUUGAGGGCAUCGGUCAGCCAGAGGUGGUGGGGCUGCUGCUGGACUACGAGGCCCAGAAGCUGAGCCUGGUGGAUGUGAGCCGAGUUGCAGUGGUUCACACGCUGCAGCCGGCCUUCCGCGGUCCCGUGGUACCCGCCUUUGCCCUUUGGGAUGGAGAGCUGCUGACCCACUCAGGGCUUGAGGUGCCUGAGGGUCUUUAGUCUGUGGGCUACUGGAGCCCCGAAUCAUGUUCUCGGCCAGUCUUCUGUUGAGGUGUCUAAGCUUUGCCCCAAGAAGCCUUUACUUCCCAAUUCACACUGGGUCCUGUGCAAUAUCUUGGCCACCUUUCUAUCUACCUGGCCCUGUGAACGUGAGGCCUAAGCCACACUCUUCCCCCCUCCUUUCCCCUAGUUAUACCAGUGUCCUGGGUCAGCAUGGUGAGCCUUCUCUGAAGACUUGCUGACCCUGUACUCAGAACUGAUUGGAUGGAUUCUGUUCUGGGCGAGUCUUUAAGCUCUGGUUGAAUUUAACCACAUUGAUGCCUCUCCCUCCCCUGCCUGUGUGUAACUUUAGCUUGAUCUUGGAGCUCCCCUGAUCUACCAACUGUCUCCAGAGUAAAGCCUUUCUACCUCUGGCUGGAGGAGUGGUCCGUCGAUUUGGCAUUUCUCUUCAGUCCAUGCAGAAUCUGGGCACCUGCUCCCUCAGUAAGCGCGUUUUUGACCCAGUUGUUGGAGAACUCAGCCCUCACCCAAUACCUCAGUGCCACAGCCUCUCAGGCCCUCACAGCUGCAGCCCCCCACCCUCUGAGUGCAUUCGCCUGAAUCUGCACGCCUGUGACACUUGGCAGCCCCUUCUAAUCUUCAUGCUAGUUACAAUCAUGACCAGAGAGGAGGAAGAGAACGCUUGGGAAAGAUCUAGAGGGUUCGUGCUGGACAGUGUUGAUUCUGGAGAUGGUCUCUCCUUUUCUGCCACCAUUGGGACUUCUCUGGAGGGUGGCCUGAGGUUUCCCACAGCCCACGGCUGGGCCUGCUCAGACUCACGCCCCCAUCCCACUUGGUUAGCAGAUUGCACUUAACCUAUAGUAGUGUUUGGGGUCAGGGAAAAAAACCAAGUGGGGUGAAUGAGUGCGUAUAGGAACUAUGUAUUGUUGGGGCCCUGUCUGACCUGGAGGCUCUUAUCUUUUUUUUAACCUUCGAGAAUGGUGAUCAAAUUGGAUACCCUUCGGGGAGAAAGAGAUGGUCUGGGCUCAACAAAACUAAUGAUUUGUGUAAUUAAAGUUUAUUUGAGCACAAAAUA